AUGGCAAGGAAUGAUUCACAUGACGAUUUAGCAGCGGUAAUCGUGUAUCUACGAGCGUCGCUCAUCUUUCCAACAAGAAUGACAAACGAGGAGGGUUAUAAUGAAGGAGAAGAAGUAACGAAGGAUACAAAAAAUGAUUCGUGCUCAGUUGUAUCGCGAAAAGAUUACGGAACUGCUGCGGCUUAUGCAGAUGAGGUUCGUAAAUGGGUAAUGGCAUCGCAGUGCUGGGCUAUUUGUCAUCAGAUGGCCUGCAUGCAUUCGUACGCCUAUGUUGCGUCUUGUAUGAACCCACAGUUCGCUGCAUCUCAGCAAACCUCUCCAGUUCUCACCUCCAAUGCUUCAGCAACAACGAACAAUGCUCCUCCUCAAGCCGGAGCCACUUCUUUCACACAGCGUCGAGCAAUUCCAUCGUUUGCACGUCGUAUUGCUGCCGAAGUCAUUGAUUCAUUUGUAGCAUUUGGUGUGAAAUUGUUCAUCGUCUAUUUCCUUGUUGAACUGAACUUCAUAGACUUAGAUAAAUAUGACCGGUUGUUAAGCGACGAAGCUGAUCUACAAGCGCUGAUCGAUAUAACUCAAGAGUUGUUCCCGGUUGAGGUGCUCGGUAAAGUGGUUAUCAGUGUUGCUGAAGCUCUUUUUAUAUCUUACGGUUGGGGGUCGGUGCCACCUGGUGCAACACCAGGUAAAGGGCUAAUGGGUAUUCAGGUAAUACCUUGUCGUCAAGUGACACCAAUUCCUGGUACGGACGACGUGGAAAUAUUACGUGAUCCUUCUAUUCCAUUCAAAAAUUCGUUGUUACGAUCGUUAAUGAAGAAUUUAUUAAUAAAUCUGUUGUUCCCGUUGAGUGCUGCUGCAUAUGCAUUCAAUUACAACCGUGCAAUUUACGACCUUGCAGCGAACACAAUCGUUGUUUAUAUUUGA